AUGCCUUCACAUUCUACAGACGACGAAGACAAGCCUUGUAGAGCCUGCUCAGACUUCAAGUCUUGGGCAAAAACUCAACAUAAAGUGACAUUUUCAACAACAAAUAAAACGACAAAGCCGAUCAAGACUGAUUGUCCACUUGACAGAGAGGAGUUGGGCAAGGCAACAUGGAGCUUCUUGCAUACAAUGGCAUCAUACUUUCCUGAAAAGCCAACAAAGGCACAGUCAGAGGAUAUGAGUAGAUUCUUCAACAUUUUCUCACAGUUUUAUCCUUGCGAAUCCUGCGCUGAUGAUUUUCGAAAAGAUGUCAAGGAGAACCCACCAAAAACUGCAAACAGGAAUGAACUUGCAAAAUGGUUGUGUCAGCGUCAUAAUGUUGUCAAUGUCAAGCUAGGCAAACCGGAGUUUGACUGCAGCAGAGUUCAUGAGCGAUGGCGAGACGGCUGGCUCGACGGGUCCUGCCCUUAA